AUGCUUUUCGACGAGCUCUCCACGCAGCGGAUCGUGCGCGUGCGGCCGGAGCCGCCCGAUGUCGCCCUCGCCCUCGUGCAACGCGAGCUCUCCCGCGCGAACGCCGCCGCCGCCCCGGAGGCGGCCGCAGCAGCCUCAACCGCGGCGCCGCUCUCCUCCGCGCUCCCCGCGCCGGCCCUCCCCGACUGCCCCGCCCUCCCCGCGUGCCUCAAAACCGAGGCGUCGCUUCGCUUCGACACGCGCGCGCACGACCUGCGCGGCGCGGCCGUGCGGCUGCUCGCGAAGCCUCGCAGAGGGAUCGGCUCCUUCCCGGCCGCGUCGCGUUCCGGCGCGCCCGAGCUGGAGGAUUUUGCACCGCACGGGGACGUCUUCCGGCGCUUCAAGGUGCAGCAGGCGCUCUAUCGAGAGGUUGGCAAGGACGCGCCCUUCCUCGCCGCCUACGAGCGGCUCGUGCGUGACGUGAUCCUGCCGCACCUGCGGAGCCGGCUCGAGGGGGCCGAGGAGGAGGGAGAGCCAGAGUUCCACUACCAGUUCCCCCCCACGCUCCGCGUGCAGCCCGGCCCGUCGCACGAGCACGGCCCGCUCCACGCAGACAAGGACUACGGCCACCAGGCCGGCGAGGUCAACUUUUGGCUCCCGCUCACCUCGCUCGAGCGCACGCGAACCACGCUGCACGUCGAGACGAGCCCCGGUCGCGGCGACUUCCACCCGCUCCUGCUCGACUAUGGCGAUGCGGCGGCGUUCCACGGCUGCCUCUGCCGCCACCACGCGCCCGCCAACCCGACGCCCUUCACGCGCGUCUCCAUUGACUUUCGGGUCGGCGUGUCCCCGCACUUUGACCCCGGCUGGAGGGCCGAGGGGGUCAAGGCGUUGCACGGGUGGCGAAAGGCGUAG